GGGGGGGGGGACACAUUUUUCCACUUUGGAAGUGUCGCGCAAACUAUUCAGUUUAGAAAAAAAUGAUAUUAGAAACCUCAAUGUCAUUUUUAAAGACCUAUCCAUAGAUACCCCACACGUAUGGGUUUGAUGAAAAAAGUUUUUUUGAGUUUCAGUUCUAAGUAUGGGGAUAAGAAAACAAUAAGGGUUCCGUUUUUUGCCAUUUGGCUACGGAACCCUAAAAAGGGAAUUUGUUAAUUUCUUCGAAACCGCUACACCGGUUGUUAUGAUACUUUGUACACUGGUUCUAAAUACCCUAAUGCAUAUGUACAUUUCGGCUUUGUCCAAUGGCUAGGGACACACUGUAUAUCAUCAUUUUAAAUAUUCCAUUUUAAAGACAAUUUAAAUAUCAAGGCCAAUACUGAUCUAGUCAGUGUCCGUCGGUUCUAUUUUUGGAACAUUGCAAUAUUGUGUUUUGCUAAGCAAAGACGCACGCGUUUUGUAAAUCCAAAAAAUAUAGUUUUUAGUACCGAUAUAAAUAGAGUAAGACAUCUCUUGAUUAAAGCUAUGUAAAAUCUUCCUUAAAUCUGUUAAAAUUUUAAACUUCACCCCAAAACGAAUACAUGAAAAUGAGUGAUAAAAAGUCGACAAAAAUUGAGGAUGUAUUAACGGAGCAGCAGCUACAAGACAUUGCGAGUCGCUGUGUGGCUGGUCAGGUGGUAGGCAGGGUGCUGCGACCGGCGAGUGAGGGGCUGGGAGGCUUUCUUGGUGACCACUUUCGUCUGACCCUCGAAGUGCAGGCGGAUGACCAGCGCCGUACGCUGCCGCUGUUCGUGAAACGCGUACCGCUUCAUAACGAGGGCAAGUUGGCGUUUGUAAGGGAAAACGCUUUCUUCGAGCGGGAGAUGACGGUGUUCAAGCUUCUGGAAGAUAUGGAGACUGGUCCAACGCCAUGGGCUCCAAAAGCGCUCUUCUACAGCGACUCCGUGCUCGUGAUGCCCGACCUCGCCCCUGAGGGCUACAGCGUCCGCGACCAUCUUCAGACCUUCGACCUACCCCACAUUAUGGCCACUCUGACCUCCGUGGCGCGCUUCCACGCGGGCUGCGCAAACCUCGAGACUAACCGCGGUCUCGCUCUAAAACGCCCCUACUCAAUCAUGGAAGACCAAGGCAAAAUCAUCGUCGAAAGCAACUUCCAAGACACACCCUGGAUACACGCUGCUGCCAAACUUACCACUAAUAUCAUCCGAAAAUUUACAAAGUAUAACUUUGAAGAAACUGACGUUCUGAAACAGUUUCUAGCGAGCUUUAAUGACCCAGCAGAGAGUAAGGGCUUAAAUGUGAUAAUCCAUAAGGAUCUUUGGGUGAACAACAUCAUGUUUAAAUACGAGAACGAUGUCCCAAUCAAUGCAAUUUUGUUAGAUUUUCAAUGUGCGCGCUACGGACCUCCGGCUUUUGACAUCGCUGUGCUUCUAUACACGACUACUUCUCGAAGCUUCCGUGAGAAACAUGAAGACGCAAUUCUUCGACAUUACUUUAAAAUCUUUACAGAAUCUCUAAAUGUCGACACAAAGGUUAGAUUGAAAGAUUUGGGGUAUGAUUAUGAAGAGUUUUUACGCUGGUUUGAAAUAAGUCGUCGGUUCGGCAUGGUGGUUACACUAAUCUUAUUUCCAUAUUUUCUUAUGGAUCCGGUGACGGCACAUGCAGUAUUUAAUAAUCCGUUGACAUUUGAGCGUGUCGCAUUUGAAGACCGAACUCCGGAGGUGCUGGCGCAUAUAGAGCGCUGUCCUCAGUACGGGGAACGGAUGGUGGAGGUUACUGAGGAGUUUGUCGAGAGAUGUCUGCGGCACUAGCUAACUUUUGAGCUACCUAUCUGAGUGGACUCUCGAGGGGGGCGUCGAACGUUAUCUUCUUCUUCUUCCCUAGGGUCGGCUCUCCUAACUAUUUUGUUUCACGAGAUUCUGUCGAGGGUUAUCGAAAUAUUUUUUCUUAAUUAGUUGGGUCAUGCUGGUCCUCUUGACGGCGGGCGUCCCUGAGCUCCCAUUUUCUCCGGAAGAUUUAGAGUUCUUUUGGAAAUAUACUCUCCGCCCCUUCUCUUUGCGUCACCUACUCCCUUCAUCUGAGUUAGCGGGCGUCUGACGUCCAUGUUAUAAACAUUGUACGCCGAGUCUUUUGGAAGCUCUAACCAAUCUGCACUAUAUGCCCCAUCGAUUGCGCCGCUGGAUGCUCACUACUGAAACUGAAGCAGAAAGUACCUCCUGCGGUUUUUUACCUUUCUAAGUAUAGAAACAAUGAUCGAAUGUCCGACGUAAAAAAAUUGGAUACUAUAAUUAGUCGCGUUUUUUUUAUUUAUUGUUUAGUCCGACAAUGAAGAGUAGCAAAUAAUUAGGUACACCAUAGAGAAUAAGUAAAUUAUAGUUGAGGCAUGGAACUUUAACAGGUAAAUCCAUCCAUCAUAUUCUACGUCCUGUAGGUUCGUUGGUGGCAGGGCUAGGAAACCGUUAUAUUUUUAAACCGUUUUCGGUCAUUCACCGUCACCGGUACCUAACGAAAAGGAUUUCGUUUCCGUUUGCGGUUACAGGUUAAUCAUAAUCAUAUCAUUUAUUCAACUGUUCUAAUGCGGUACCAGUUUAUCCUGUCCGGUCCCUCCGGUUAAAUUGAAAAUAUCGAAGCGAGAUAGAACGAGUAAGUAUUGCUGUCUCUUUCACGUAAUGACAACGAAUUUAAUAAGUCUCUGAAAACCGAGAGUAACCAGGAUUGUAUCGUUCCCCGCGAAAAUUCCGAUCCCUCUUUUUACCGGAUAACGUACUUUUUUAGUUCGCGUUCCAUCAAUUUUUUGUUUUAUUUUAUUUUAAAGAAAUCUGUUUACUCGUAAGUCUCUGUAUCAAAUAUUACAAUUCCUCUUUAGUACUCUUGCUCGCACUGUAAAGACUGAACACACCGACAACAACACACAACAGAUGCGAAUGCAAUUUGCAGCACACGCCCUUAAACUAGUACAACAUACCAGGCGCUCUCUGUGUACACACUAAACAAAUCUUUGAUAAGCUAUUUCUGUCUACCAAUAAAUCAUCAUUAAAUAUACUUACUGAUACCUAAA